AUGCACACUAUAGGGGGGGGAGAGCACGCUGAAGUCACGGUCCGCUCUCGCUCAGCUCACGCUUCUGGGGUAUUCACACUGUGGGGAUGGUCACGCUUCGGUCGCAGACCCAUAUCAGCCCCUCAUCCUCCUCAGUACAUCUGGUUUUACGGAUCAUGCUACUCGGUCACGGGUAAGAACGUGUUGAGAGUUGCAGAGCUAAUACGCACCAUCGCUGCCUCUCAGAGCAGCAGCAGCAGCAGCAGCAGCAGCAGGCCAUUGGAAAGACAAAAAUCGCAGAAGCCCAACCAUUCAUGUGUGUGUCCUUUGACGAGAGCAGUCCUAAACACGAGCCUUUACUUCAUCAGCCUUCCCUCUAAUGCCAUUCCUCUCUUCCCUGCAGGCAACCUGGUGGUGCUGCUGGUGAUGUGGGUGCACCCCCGCAUGCGAUCCACCACCAACUUCUUCCUCACCAACCUGGCCAUCGCGGACUUCUGCGUCACUGUGUUCUGCGUGUACCAGAACCUCUCACUCUACCUCGCCCAGACGUGGGUGUUCGGGGACUUCCUGUGUAAGAUGUACAACUUUGUCAACUACCUGAGCUACACCGCCUCCGUCAUGAUCCUGGUGGUGAACUGCGUGGAGCGAUACGUGGCCAUCAUGUGUCCCUUCAGAGCCAGAAGACACUGCUCCGCCAUCGCAACCUGGUGGCUGCGGCGUGCCUCACCCCAGCGUGUGUUGCAGGUGCUGCUGGUGGUAGUGUGGGCGGGCAGCGGCGUGUACUGCUGCCCUCGCCUCCUGUACUUCCGGGCGGGUUCCCACGAGCUGCCUGGCGCGCAAUACACGGAGGUGAUAUGCCUGGCGGACCGCGAGCUGUACGACUCCCGCACCUUCGACACCAUCAACUUUGUGUUGCUGUACGUGAUGCCGCUGUCCGUCAUGUCGCUGCUGUACUGGCGUAUCGGCCGCUACCUGUGGGUGAACGGCCGCCAGAUCGAGGAGGCGAGGCGCUCCACCCAGGCCCCACUGGCGCCCCCUGGCACGUUGGCCCCCCAAGCGCCGUGCUGCCUGUCUGCCAUCAAGGAGAACGCCAUCAAGAACAAAACCUCGCGGUCACGGGAGGACGGGCAGCUGCCGCACAGCGCGGCGGGUUCCAGCAGCUCCAUCGGCUGCUACUCCACGGCGGCGUGGCGGCGGCGGUGGCGCCACCCCGGGGAGAGCAUCUCCAUGGGGCCCUACCACUCUGAGCGCCUCAUCAGGACGUGGCGCAAGGUGGUGAAGCUGCUGGUGGCGGUGGUGCUGUGCUUCGCUCUCUGCAACCUGCCCUUCCACCUGCGUAAGAUGCUCACCUACUACCACCCCGCCUACAAGCCCACCACGGACGCCGCCCUCAUGGUUACGCCGCUCUCUAACCUGCUCAUGUAUCUCAACUCCGCGCUCAACCCCAUCGUGUACUCUUUCAUGUCGCACAACUUCCGCGCCUGCGUGCGCGACGUGCUGACGCGCUACACGCGGCGCGGCAAGCGGCGCCACUUGUCAGGCCCUCAGCGGCCCGCGACGCGCCCCCAGGACCCGCAACUACACAUCCUCGCCGCCGCCCCGCAUCCGCAUCCGCAUCCGCACCCAGCACCAGCACCAGCACCCGCGCCCGCACCCUCACCCUCACCCGCAUCCGCACACACACACGCACACACGUCCACACCCGUGCUCCAUGUCACGCCCACGCCUCGACGAUCAUCACCCGUGACUUGACACAUGAAAGGUCAGUCUCUCUCUCUCUCUCUCUCUCUCUCUC